CUUCUUCCUGUUCCUCUGUCUGCAUUUCAGGAUCCUUUCAUUGCUUUCCAUCUUGACAAGGCACUGGUCAGGAAGUACAUGAACCCUCUCCUGAUUGGGGAACUGGCACCAGAUCAGCCCAGCUUUGAGCCCAGCAAGAACAAAAAGCUGGUGGAGGAUUUCCGUGAGCUCCGUGCCACUGUGGAGAGGAUGGGGCUUCUCCAGCCCAACCACAUCUUUUUCAUCCUUUAUCUCUGCCACAUCUUGAUGCUGGAUGUUGCAGCCUGGCUCAUCAUCUGGUAUUUUGGAGCAUCCUUGGUGCCUUUCCUCUUCUCUGCUGUUCUUCUGGGCACUGUCCAGGCCCAGGCUGGCUGGCUGCAGCAUGAUUUUGGACACCUGUCAGUGUUCAGCAAGUCCAGGUGGAACCACUGGGUGCACAAGUUCGUCAUCGGCCACCUCAAGGGAGCCCCGGCCAGCUGGUGGAAUCACCUCCACUUCCAGCACCACGCCAAGCCCAACUGCUUCCGGAAGGAUCCCGAUGUCAACAUGCACCCCUUGUUUUUUGCUCUGGGGAAAACCCUCUCUGUGGAGCUUGGUGUGCAAAAGAAGAAAUUCAUGCCUUACAACCACCAGCACAAGUACUUCUUCAUCAUUGGUCCCCCAGCGCUGGUGCCCCUUUAUUUCCAGUGGUACAUCUUCUACUUCGCCGUGCAGCGCAAACAGUGGGUGGACCUGGCCUGGAUGCUGUCCUUCUACAUCCGAUUCUACCUCACCUACUUGCCCUUCCUGGGUGUGAAGGGUACCCUGGGGCUCCACCUGCUAGUCAGGUUUAUAGAAAGCAACUGGUUUGUCUGGGUCACACAAAUGAAUCACAUCCCCAUGCACAUUGAUUAUGAUAAGAAUGUGGACUGGUUCUCUACCCAGCUCCAGGCAACCUGCAAUGUUCAUCAGUCCUUCUUCAAUGACUGGUUCAGUGGCCACCUGAACUUCCAGAUCGAGCACCACCUUUUCCCUACAAUGCCACGGCACAACUACUGGAAGGUGGCACCUCUGGUGAAGUCCCUGUGUGCCAAGCAUGGCAUUGAGUACCAGUGCAAGCCUCUGCUCACAGCCUUUGCAGACAUCGUGCACUCUUUGAAAGAUUCAGGAGAGCUCUGGCUUGAUGCUUAUCUACAUAAGUAAGCAGCAGUGGAUCCCUGCAGAGGAAUUCCCCAGCCUUGCUGCCUCCUGUGGUGGUCACCCUGAAGAUCCUGCACUGAGGAGAGCUGGCUAAGCCAGAUUUGGGGAGGUGGUGCUGCUUAAUUCCAUGGAUGAAUGUAAUUAAUAUGAUUUUUCCUUUUAUUUGGUUGGUUUUCUUUUUUUGUUGUUUUUUUUUUAUUUUUUGUUUUUUUUUUUUUCUUGUGCUUCUUUCAUUCCUCUUCUCUGGUGCUGAGUGCUGGGGAGAAGCUGGAUGGAGGAGGUUGUGUCCCACCAAGCUGGGUGCAGCUUUGGGACUGGGAACAGAUUCCUUUCCGUCUGCUGAUCCUUCAUUUAUUGAGUAUAUAGGAAGGAAGCUUCAUAUCUAACAUAGGCUUUUUGGGGUGGCUCUCACUGUGAGUGUAGUAAGAAAGUUGGGAGAGUGUGAAAUCAAGGAAUGUGAGAAUUAGGGAAAUGUGGAAGCUCUAAGGAAUUGUGUAGGUUCAGUAUUUUCAAAUCCCUGUUUGUAAUAGGGAGCUCCCAGACCAAUUUGUACAUAUGUGGGUGGGGAGGUGCAGGCAGCAGCUCUCUAGGAACAGGAUCUAGUUAGAGCCCUCAUUGAGGUAGGGAAACAGGAAAGUGGAAGUUGUUCCAUGGGCCAUGUUCUGUGGGAAUGCUGCCCUCCACAUCUCUGGAAGCCUCUGGGUUAUUUGGCCACUGGUGACAUUCCAGGGGGAUCUGCAAGGGGUUUCCUCCGUGCCAGACUUUGGAGUGUUGUGAAGCCAUUACUGAGUAAGAAGAGAGAGAAACCUGUCCUAUCCACACCCAGGAUCCCUACAGGAGUGACAGAGGAAGUGAAAGCAUUCCAGACCAGGCUGGACAAGGCUUGGAGCAGCCUGGUUUAGUGGAGUACAAUAAACCAUGUCAAGGGGUGGAAUGAACUGAGGUUUAAGGUCCCUUCUAACCCAAACCAUUCUGCAAUGAUUCUGUGUGAAGGGUGAUCAUAAUCACUCUUGAUUUGUGCCUGAAGCUUUGGGCUUUUUUGGACCUCUGGGUGAUUUGUUAAAAGGAGAGAAUUCCUGCCUCCUGGCCCAUGGAGAGUGAGGCAUUCCUGCCUGAGCAGCAGACAAAUCUAAGUUAGAAAGGUGGUGGGGGUCAGAUUGCUGUUUAAAAGUGUUUAACUUUCCAUUCAGCUGCAUAUCCGCAGGCACACCUCAGCCAAAACAUUGCUGGUCUCCCUCUCUCGGAUGAUGUGCCUUCCAAACACAUCCCAAUCCUGUGGGAUUUACUGAAUAUCUUACUGCCUUUCCUGGGGCCUUUUAGUUUACUGCCCCAACGUUACAGAUGCCAAGCCAGGAUGUAGCACCUGCCACAUCACUGAGGAGGAUGCUCCAUCACCCUGGUCCCCCAGGGACUGGUGGAUUAUAAUCCAGGAGGGAUGGGUUGAUGUUGAGGAAUUUUUUUCCCAAUCAACAUCCAAAAGGAGGAUGAGGUGUUGACAGAAUGGAAGAAAUAGAUCUUCUCAGGCCAAGAGUGUUGUUAAGCACAGGAUAGAAUUGUAGUGGGAAUAAUAAUACUGUCAUACCUGUAUAAUAUAUAUAAUAUUGUUAUUGUUAUAAUAAUAUAUUGUUAUAUAAUAACAAUACAUCAUGCAAUCAAAUACUUGGUGAUUAAGACCAUAGAGAAAGUGGGCCUUAGUUAUUGUUUUACCUUGGUUUUUUCCUGCUCCAUUUCUUUCCCUCGUAUUACAACUGUGGAUGGAGGAAAGUCUAUUAAUAAAAUUCCUUAUCUUACCAA